ACACACACACACACACACACACACACACACACACACAUAUACACAACCAUGGACAAGCUGCUGCGGCGUGUGCGCAUGGCCGAGGGCAUGGUUGCCCGCCGCGCCCAGCGCAAGAACGCCCUCCUGAAGCGCAUUACAGAGAGAAAGCAGAACAAAAAGAACGGCGAAGCCUUCACUGAAGCCAUCCAACAACGAAAAGCCGCCGUCGAAGCUCGCAAUGAGGACUGGAUGUUGGGUCCCCUCGCCCCCCGCCGCGAACUCGACGAGAUAACGCUGAGCAACGGCAACUUCUUCGGCUCCCUCUCCCCCACCCGUGCCCUGCUCGAGAGUGAGGUCUCGGAAGAGGAGAGGAAGGCCCGCGUCGCCUGGUGCGGUUCUCCCAAAUUCCUCUGCAUUGCCCCCGGCGACCGCGUCGUGGUGAUCGAAGGCCACCACAAGGACCUUAUCGGCACCAUCGAGAAGCUCAACACCCGGAACAUGACAGUAGAGAUCCAAUCAGAGAAACUCAAAACAAACACGACCGUACCCCAGUUUAUGCAGAACGACGCCGACAAGCCCGUCACGCAAAUCUACGCCCGCCUUCCCAUCUCCUCGGUGCGCCUCGUCCACCCGCUCAAGGAUCCUCAGACGGGCGAGUACCGCGACGUGAUCAUCCGCGAGCUGCGCCCCCGCAACAUUGUGCACGACCGCCCCACGCGCACCCGUAGCAUGCGCCGCUUCGUCCCCGGCGAGAACAUCAUCAUCCCGUGGCCCAAGCAGGAACCCAUCAAGCGCGAAGACCAACCGGCCGACACCCUGCGCAUCGACGUGGACGAAAAGACCUUUGUGCCCACCCUGUUCCGCCCGCCCGCGCCCCAGCAGGUCCUCGACGAGCUCCGCAACAAGUACUCCAUCUUCCGCACCCGUCACACGCCCGAGUACAUUGCCAAGAAGGAGCAGGAGGAGCAGGAGAAGGAGGCCAAGAAGUCGGCCGCCAAGGCCAUGCUUACCCCCGUCCAGGAGUAUAACCGGAAGCAGCGCGAGCUGCGCCGUGCUCGUGGCCAGCCGGCGUUGACGGAGGAGAUGCUGGCCAAGAUUGGCGAGGUUGUCGCGAGGAAUAAGCUCGGACACCAGGCCGGGCCCCAGCCCAAGGUGAAGGAGGAGACGGUGGCACAGAUCGAGAAGGCGGUCGAGCAGUUAUCGCUUGGUGGGGAGGAGGGUGCGGCCACGACGAGCCCUGAGCAACCAAAGGUUUAAGGUUUUUUUUGGAUGAACGAAUGGGGAGUGUGGGUUGUGGAAUUUGCUUGGCCGUAAAGAUUCCUUCCUGAAGAAACUUUGCAGAGUUGAGAAAUGCUUUGUGCUGAGUGUGAAGAGGAAUGAAUAAUGGGGAUCAAGUCUUGACUGGUCGAAAAAAAAGCGGCAGUUCCAAAUUUUGUGUGUAUUUUUAGUGUAUAUGGUCAAAAAAGGUAUACAAAAUGCAUUUGGGUCAGAUCAAAAAGGGGGAGCAUCGGAUGGGCAGAGAUACGAGAAUCUUCAAGUUAGGUGUUGUAUGGCAGGUGUAGAGGAUUAAAUACCCGGAACCUCGCAUCAAACCGAUAUAGUACUUGAUCAGAUUUUUUGUGCCUCAACCGCAAGCAUAGAGAAGAUUCAACAUAUUCCAACUCGGGAGGAUGGUAUUAGCCGGACUUGCGCAGCAUCUACUGCGACGAUGGGUUCGACUGGGCGG